AUGUCCUCUUCUACUGAGGAGCUUUUCUCCAAAAUUGGUGUUCGCGUUCCCUAUACGUUGUUGCCAGCUGACGAAGUGGACAAGACUAAAUGGGCUGUCAUUGCUUGUGAUCAGUACACUAGCGAGCCCGACUAUUGGGACCGUGUGGAAAAGUUUGUCGGAAGUGAGCCCAGCACUUUAAGGUUGAUGUUCCCCGAGGUCUAUCUUGAUAAGGGACGGGACGAGGAGGUGAGUUGCUGUGUUUGA